GUUUCUAUAACAUAACAGUUACGCCAAACCGGACCUCAAGUUGUGCUUUUGACUUUCAAAGCAGUUUUUCCUCUCAGAAUUUAGUCAACGAAUGAGGCUAGUAUUUGCCGAUGCAGGGGUUUAAAAGGCCAUCAUCAUGUCCUCGAAAGUGAGGAGAAGAAAAAUAAGACCCCCUUAGUUUCUCUCAUUUCUGUGUGUAUAACAGCCAAGGAAUACAAAAAUGAGCGCAACACGGCCGUUGCAAUGGAAGGAACCCGACGAGGAGUCUGGUCAUAGACCUCGAUCGAGCCAAAGGAAUACAUCCCAGGCUGAGCGAUUCAGCUCGCGACGACUGUCAACUCACAGCCGUCAUGAGAUCGACCCUGCUACAGCCCUGCCUAUUCAAUACCGCAGCGUGUCUUUCGAAAUCGAUGAAAGCCAACGAAAAACACAGCUCGAAGCAGAGAAAACUAAGGGCAAACUCGCAUAUGACCUCGAGCAGAUCGAAUGGCAUACUCUGUCGAUUGAAGAGAUCCAAAAGCGAUUUGAAGUCGAUGCAGCGGCUGGUCUGUCAGACCGACAGGUCCAGGAGCGACUGCGCAAGUAUGGCCAGAACAAGAUCUCGCCCUUGCCAAAUCCUUGGUUCUGGAAAAUCAUGGGCUAUUUCUUCAAGGGGUUUGGCUCAAUUCUACUGAUUGGCGGUAUCCUGGUCUUCGUUUCUUGGAAGCCCCUUGGUGAUCCCCCUGCUGUGGCGAAUCUCGCGCUUGGAAUCGUCCUCAUCGCGGUAUUCUUUAUUCAAGCUGCAUUCAAUGCGUGGCAAGAUUGGUCCUCGUCUCGUGUGAUGGCCUCGAUCACCGCAAUGCUACCGGAAUCAUGCUUCUUGAUGCGUGACAACACCAAGGUCGAGGUUAGCGCGACCGAUAUUAUUCCGGGAGACCUGAUCUUGCUGAAGGCAGGAAAUCGUAUUCCCGCCGACCUCAGGUUUAUUAGCGCCUCUCACGAUGCAUCCAUGGAUCGUUCUAUCGUCACGGGUGAAUCUAAACCGGUCAAUAUCUCAGUCAAUUCAACGGAUGACAAUUACUUACAAACCCGGUGCAUUGGCCUUCAAGGCACUCACAUCAUUGGUGGUCAUGCAACUGGAAUUGUCGUGGCGACGAAAGACUCGACGGUCUUCGGCCAAAUCGCCAAGUUAGCUGGUGAGCCUCGUACAGGGUUAACUACCAUUGAGAAAGAAAUAUUUCGUUUUGUGUUAUUGAUCUUCGCCAUUAUGAUCACUUGGAUCGUUAUUCUAGCUGCAGUUUGGGGUGGAUGGCUUCAUAAAGACUAUCCAGAUUGGAUUAACGUUCCUGCUCUCAUUGUCGACUGUGUCAGCGUUGCCAUCGCUUAUAUUCCCGAGGGUCUUCCGAUUGCGGUAACCUCAACGCUUACCAUCACUGCUAAUCUGAUGAAGAAAAACAAAAUUCUUUGCAAGUCUCUCAAAACCGUCGAGACAUUGGGUGCAGUGUCGGUUAUUUGCUGCGAUAAAACAGGAACGCUUACCCAGAACAAAAUGUUCGUAACCGACUAUGCAAUUGGCAACCAAACUUUUACUGUCCCUCAAGGAAAUAGCGCGCAAGAAACCAACGGCAAUAAAAGAUCCGCAGUUCAGCAACUUCGUGCAAUAUCCGGCCUGUGCAACGCAGCCGAGUUUGACGCUUCAGUGUCUCAUCUCCCCCUACCUGAGAGACGAAUUUUUGGCGAUGCGACGGAUCAGGCCAUUCUUCGAUUUUCGGAGAGUCUUGACUCAGUCAUGGAGCUUCGCCGGGAGUGGAAAGAAUCGUUUGAAUUAGGAUUCGAUAGCAAGCGCAAGUUCAUGGUUAAGGGUGUUACUUGUGCCAAAACCAACGACGUCGGUACUGGUGUUUCAUCUGCAGAGGCUCUUUCUUUCGAUACGAACAGCGUCCUUCUCACGGUGAAAGGGGCUCCGGACAUCCUCCUGCCAAAAUGCAGCUCCUAUAUCGAUGCAGAUGGCAAAGUUGAAUCAAUGACACCUGAAAUUGAAACCACAAUGCGACAAAUCAAGGACCGCUGGUCCAAUGAGGGUAAACGAGUAAUUCUCGCUGGGCGUAAGAUCCUUGCUCCAGAUACGAUUCUUCCAGACCCUUCUUCAGAUCAACUUGAGGCUCAAAUUAUCUCAGAAGCAAAAUCAGGUCUCACUCUUGUUGGUCUUAUUGGUAUUAUCGAUCCCCCCAGAAAGGAAAUUUCGGAAGUAAUGCAAAUUCUCCGUGGUGCUGGAAUUCGCAUGUUUAUGGUUACUGGUGACUUUGGAUUGACGGCCGUUGCAAUUUCCCGUCAGUGUGGAAUGGUAACGUCGCCGUCGGUUGAUGAUAUCUCGCAUCUCCCCCGAGCCCCGAAGGAUGAAGGGGAGGCCAUCAAGCCCAAUGGAGCACUCUUACUCUCUGGGAUAGAUAUCUUGAGUCUCAACGAAUAUCAGUGGAACCUUGCGUGCCAGUAUCCCGAAGUUGUAUUUUCCAGAACAACACCUGACCAGAAACUUCGCAUCGUUCGUGAGCUCCAAGCCAGAGACCAAACCGUUGGGAUGACUGGAGAUGGAGUCAACGACGCACCGGCCCUAAAAGCUGCAGAUAUUGGUAUCAGCUUAGCGAGCGGUUCUGAUAUUGCUAUUGAAGCAGCAGAUAUGGUCUUAUUGGAUUCCUUCAGCGCUAUUGUCGAAGCUGUCCGAUAUGGGCGGGUUGUUUUCGAUAACUUGAAGAAAACAAUUGCGUAUCUAUUGCCAGCUGGGUCUUUUUCAGAGUUCUGGCCAGUCUUUUGCAACGUUAUUUUUGGACUUCCACAGGUUCUAUCGUCAUUUCUGAUGAUUAUCAUCUGCUGCUUCACUGACUGCAUCGCGGCUGUUGUUCUGGCAUAUGAAAAGCCGGAAGCUGACGUCCUCCUCCGUCCACCUCGCCAUCCUAAGAAGACCCGUCUCGUCAACUGGCAGCUAAUGUUCCAUUCAUAUGCUUUUAUCGGAGUUAUUGAAAGUGUCUGCUCCUUCUCCAUGGCAUUCUGGUAUCUCGAGCGCCAAGGUAUUCCUUUCUCUGAUGUCUGGUUCAGCUUUGGAAACCUUCCAUCUAGCAUCGACGUGGACUAUUACAACGCGCGCUUAAACGAAGCUAGCUCUAUCUACUUUAUGAACCUUGUGGUUAUGCAAUGGUUCAACCUCAUGAGCGUACGAACCCGCCAUCUCUCCAUUUUCCAGCACCCGCCAGCAUUCAAUAAGGAAACGCAGAACCUUCUACUUUUCCCAGCUAUAGUGGCAGCCCUAGGAAUCGCCGUGAUAUGGCUGUAUAUCCCCCAACUGCAAGUGGUCCUUGGCACGUCUGGCAUUCCUGCCCAGCACUAUUUUUUGCCAGCAACUUUCGGGAUCGGACUGCUGUGUCUUGAUGAAGGACGAAAAGCGUGUGCACGCCGCUGGCCUAAUGGGAUUCUCGCAAAGUUUGCUUGGUAGGCUGGCUGAAGGUGGAGAGCGGAG